AUGGCAGACACUACAUCAAAGAAGCGGAAGCUUCCCCCGGAGUUUUAUCAGAACAUUCUCGAGGAGAUGCCAGAUGUGGAAAUGGAUGACAGUUCAAAGCGUGCUUUGGCAAGUAAAUUUUCCCAAUUUCCUGCUCACCAACUGGGCGAUUCCGAGCUCCGAGAUGUGGUUAGCAUUCUUCCAGAAGCUAUCAAAGAUGUUACGACACGAGAGAUUGUGGCCCUGCAUGUGAAACACCACAUUCGCCAAGAGCUGCAGGGCGCGCCCGUUGAGAGUGCCGAACUCGACCCACUUUGCCUGUGGCUGAAAGAAGCUGCGGACAUGAAGCCGAAAGAGUGGAAGAUUGAUGAGGUGAAGAUCUUCAAGCAGGACAUUCUGGGCCUCCAGAACAUGAAUCACAGCAUGGUGAUUCGCGAAUGUUAUACACUCAUGCAGGGACAAAUAGUAGCUUGGUUGAAUGGCCUUUUCAACCCAGCGUUGAAAGACGGAGCAAAACGUCCGACCAUUGGAGGCUUACUGAUUGUCACCGGCACGCCCGGAAUUGGAAAGUCGAUUUUCCUAGCAUACAUGGCGGUAAUCUUGAUUGCGGAGGGCUACGACAUUGUCAUUCAACGUGGCAAUGAGUGGUGGUCUCACAUUGGUGGCAAGGCGCGGGCUCAUGGCGAAGUCAAGCCCGGUGCAUUGCUAGGACAGGAGACAACCCUGCUGCUGUUCGACACACUUGCUGGCGGGAAGGUCGAGCUCGACGCUCGGCCGAGGGGAUGCAGCAUCGUCUUCACUUCGCCGCAUGGUGGAAGCUACAAAGUGGCAUUCAAGCAGGAAACCUGCAGGCCUACAGUCUUGUAUAUGCCUACUUGGUCCAAACCUGAGGUGUUGCAGCACAAAGCUGCUCUUUUCCAGCAUGUUCUUGACAAGGAGGCGGAGGAGACAGCAAAGAUUGUUGAAGAGGCAUACGACCUGCUCGGCGGAAGUGUGCGAUGGUUGAUGCAAGUGUUGAAAGAGGGUGGCACCCUUUCUGAAGCAGCGCAUCGAUUGCUAGCAGAGUGCCUCGAAAAUUGCAAUUACGAGGAUUUGCUGAAAGCUGUCUCGCGACAGCCUCGUAACAUACAAGGAGAAGGCAAGCAAAGCCAUCUGAGCCUUCUGUUGCAGAUCACGUCUGCAAAGCCGUAUAACAAAGCGCAGGUGAUGCUUGUUGAGUCAGAUGUUGCCCAUCUGGCAAUUCGCAAGGCCCUUGAAAAGCGAGGUAGGGAAGGUCGUCAGCAGUUCAUCAACGUGUCCUUGGAAUACAAGGAGCUUGGCAGUUUCGUCGGCAACCUGUUCCAAGAUACCGUGCUCGAGGGUUUGACAGCAAAGACGGACCCGCGGACACUGCAAUUCAGAUCUGUGACGUCGGGGGGGGAAUCUGGCACUGUGAAGGUGCCGCCCGCCAAGCAAAUCAUCGAGCGGAUAGAAAGGCUGAGCAAAGGCUACAAACCCAAAGAGUUUGAGACCAACAUGCUGUAUGUUUUGGAGAGCAAGUCUUUUCCGGCCGCCGAUUUUUUCUUUGUGCAGAAGCAAGAUGAUGGUUUCGUGCUUUGGCUCCUGCAAACAACAAAGGGCAAGAAGCAUGAGUUCAAGCUUGGGUCAAUGCAUGAGAAGUUCAAGAGAUACUUCGCUGCGUCGGACUUGAAGAGGGUCUGCGCAAUCAACUGGGUCAUUGUUGCACCAAAUGAAGCCAUCGCAAAGGAGUAUGGCGCAGAGAAGAAACCUGAUGGGCAGUGGAAGGAGGAGAAGGUCAUCUCCCCGAAACAAUACGUUUCAUGGGGCAACUGGAGCGACUGA